AAAAGCAUUGAAGUGUUAAAGUGUUCUGCAUAAGGUUUCUCAUACUGACCAUAUGAGUUUUUACCCUGGCCAGCCCAAGCGGCUGAACACUAGCACAAACAUCUUAGGUAUAAAACCAAAGGUGAGGUCAGAAAUAAAUACAUACAUUUGCACUUUAUCUAAAGUCUACUACAUUGCACUCUAACAUCAUUCUCAUUAAAAAGUUGUUGUAACCCUUUUUGUAACUUAAUGGACUUUCGUCCAUAUGAGUCUGAUUGCAUAAAUGUCAUUACUUGACACCAAGGACACCGGCGAUCGACCGUCACAUAUCCCUCUGAGGAUGGAUUCAGAUAAAGUACUCUCUUGAGGUUUCGGCAUAUUUUAUUUAGUUAAAGGUGCACGCCAUAUAUAUGGUUGACAGUAUGGCUCCUGGGUCUUUACGAUUUAUACACUCUUGUAUUUCUGUCGACAUUGGGAGAGGAUCAACACAGAAGCUUUCGUUGUUGACCUUCUAGUUCUGACAACACUACAUAGUUAUAGUUGAUACAUGUAGGGUUUUCCGUGCAAGUACAGCACUAGAUAUCCAAGGGUUGUAAAAAUCGCUUUCCCCAAUAGUGCUAUGCUUGAAGUCAAGUGUAUAUAUUCCAGGUUCAAAGCGAAUGAUUUGUUAAUUUCCUGUAUAUGUAUGUUCUUGAGAAGCAUCUCAGAUUUUAAGCCGUGCACACAGUUGUGGGUAUCUUGUAGCAUAUAGGGUCCAGAUUAUCAAAAAGCUAAUCCAAAUCCCAAAACCCAGGAUCAUCCAAUAUUGAGUUUUGGAAUUAGGAUUAGAAUAUUUCUGAUAUUGGAGUCAUCAAAAAUAUUAGCGGUAGAACCGGUAAACUAUACCGGGAUGAGAGAUACACUCAAGUAAAUCCUGAGUCUAGUAAAUUAGAAAACACAAAUAAAGACUCAGUUCAGUUCUCUCAGACUAGGGACUUUUCCUAGCUGAGAUAACUGUACUUGAGAAGAAGUCUAUUGUAUCCUUGGCUCGUACCUGUCAACUACUCUCCAUACACUACAUUUUUUACAAUAUCCUUACUUAGAUAAGUCAAGUAGCUUACACUUAACAACGUACGUAACAAGUGAAGUAUACUACCAAAGUAUCGAAGAAAUUUUAUAUUAAACAAGCUUCAUUUCAAAGAAGAGAUACUAGAAGAAGCCCCAACAAAUAAACCAAGGAAGCAAGCCACAGAAGAGGAGGAAGUCGGACGUGUUCCCACCAUCUAGCAGGUGUUGGGAGAGCUCAACAAGAAGUCAGUAGAGGAAGCAAUGAAGCAAGACCAAGUCUCUACUCACUAGCAGACAUCGAAAUAGAAAAAUAAGGUCACGGAACUAGUGAUAGCAGGAGUACACACUCCUGAACAACACAACUAAAAUAUAUUGUCUUCAAAAACGUGCUUUAUUCGAAGAGCUAAAUAGUACAAGGGCAAUAGUACUAUUCGGGAACGGAAAGAAGACGCUUCAGCCGAGGAAAGAAGGUUUACCGGAGACCAAGCACAACAUAAUCUGGAAUCAGGAUCAACCAGAAGUUUCCAGCCAGAAGGUGGAAAGAACGAGGAGAAGAACCCCAGAGGUACUUCACAGAAAACCCUGAGGUCAACAAGUAAGAGAACGUCAAGUUGAGUCGAUCAAGUGCAAGAUACAACAUCAGACUUCUACACAAUACACCACAAGGAAGCCCGACACAAAGAACAGUCAAUGGCGUCUGCGCCCUACAAAAGAACACGAGCAACACGAAGGAGUCUACGCACACAAGACACAAGUGAGUACAAGUCGCAGCGCCAGUACAAGGCCAGUACAAGCAGACACAAUGCCAGUCUCACAAAUGUCUUCCCGCACCGCUUCUCUACACAAUGGGGAGGAAGCGAUUUGCAUGGACGAUGAGUCCACACCAGCAAGAGCUACAUUGGAUCCAGCAAUGAGUAAGUACAACAUAGUCAUGGACAAGACCAUCUUUGAGGGCAACUUCUACAUUGUAGAUAUACUAGUGGACGGCGGACGACCCCAUUGACAUACGAGCACUCCACAAACUCCGCAAAGCAGUUCACGACCAACAACCCAACAGAUUGAUACCAGUAUUAGAUCAGUAGUUGUCAGAGCUAUACAAUAAAGCUAUGAAGUGA